UCUCCUCCUCAGCAUUACUCACACUUAUCCAUGACAAUCACUUUCUCAUAGACGGGACUAAUUAUUUAAGACUGGAAACGAGUUCAAAGUUACCGAGAGACAAAGACCAGACAGGGGCCGUGAAGUGAACAUCACACAUUUCCGGGCUCUCUGUCCAAUGAAAAUGUUUCAGACCGUCCCCGACACUUCGUCUUACGUCAAGGUAAGACAACAUCGUCACUACGAGCAGGAGGCGCUGUCAGUGGUGAGUGAAGACCAGUCUCUGUUUGAGCCUCCAUACGCUUCUGCUGCUCCUUUACCCAAGACGGACAUGACUGCGUCCGGCACACAGGAUUACGCUCAGACACACAAGAUCAACCCUAUUCCUCCUCAGCAGGAGUGGAUCAGCCAGCCGGUGCGAGUUAAUGUCAAACGAGAAUAUGACCACAUCAAUGGAUCCAGAGAGUCCCCGGUGGACUGUAGUGUGGGCAAAUGCAAUAAAAUGGUGGGUGGGACCGACACAUCUCAGAUGAACUAUACUGGCUACAUGGAUGAGAAGUGUGCUCCGCCUCCAAACAUGACAACCAAUGAGAGGAGAGUUAUCGUCCCAGCAGACCCUUCUCUCUGGUCUCCAGACCAUGUGCGGCAAUGGUUAGACUGGGCCAUUAAAGAGUAUGGUCUUCAGGAGAUCGACACAGCCAUGUUCCACAACACCGAUGGAAAAGAGCUUUGCAAGAUGAGUAAAGAGGACUUCCUGAGACUUACCAGCGUUUAUAACACGGAGGUCCUGCUCUCACAUCUCAAUUACCUCAGGGAAAGCAGCUCAUCAAUAUCAUACAACACACCAUCUCAUGCCGACCAGUCUCCUCGCUUGGCUGCCAAAGACGAUGCGUCCUAUGAUGCUGUCCGGAGGGCAGGCUGGUCAAACAACAUGCACAGCGGCAAAGGCUCUCCUACAGUGGUCUCUCAGAACGUGUCCAAGAACAGUGAGCCGGCUCGGCCUCAGCCCGACCCUUACCAGAUAUUAGGACCCACUAGCAGUCGACUUGCCAACCCAGGUUCGGGUCAGAUCCAGCUGUGGCAGUUCUUGCUCGAGCUUCUCUCUGACAGUGCCAACGCCGGCUGCAUCACCUGGGAGGGAACCAACGGAGAGUUCAAGAUGACGGACCCCGACGAAGUAGCGCGUCGCUGGGGUGAGCGCAAGAGUAAGCCCAACAUGAACUACGACAAACUCAGCCGAGCCCUGCGCUACUACUACGACAAGAACAUCAUGACCAAAGUGCACGGCAAGCGCUACGCCUACAAGUUUGACUUCCACGGCAUCGCUCAGGCCUUGCAGCCCCAUCCCACCGAGUCCACCAUGUACAAGUACCCCACCGAGCUGCCCUACGUGCCCAGUUACCACGCUCACCAGCAGAAGGUCAACUUCGUUUCGCCCCAUCCUCCGUCCAUGCCCGUCACGUCCUCCAAUUUCUUCGGGCCCACAACCCCAUACUGGAGCUCUCCGACAGGUGGGAUUUAUCCCAAUCCCGGCAUGCCCCGUCAUACCAAUUCUCACCUAGGCAGUUACUACUAAACUAAAGCCCCUCACCUCUCACCCGCUCCCCGCAUGCCGAAACCUGAACUGCACUCGGAGCGAAGACAAACAAGGACGCUGGAAAGGGAGGGAUUUUGGCCGAAACGUUUUGUACAAGGAAGCAGAUGUUGAAAGACAGAGAAAGUAAAGACAAAAUGGACCAAAAAUGGCGGAUCCUCUUCAAAAUGGAGUACUACUUAUUCAAAGGACUUGGGUUGGUGUUUGUUUUGGAGAGUUUGCGCAUGUGCCUUUCCACACCCGAAAGCUGCACCGAUGGGCCAGAGUCCCUUUCUACCAAAUAAAGACCACCUCUAUUAUGUAUAAGUCGGCGUACGUACGAACGACCGACCGA